UCUAAUUUUUAAGUAAAUAAGACCAGACCAAAGCUAAAGCCCACUAUAAUAUAAACGACGGAGACGAAACCCGUGGGGUUUUGGAGAAACUGGAAAAUGGGGAUGGAGGACUCAGCCGAGGCAGAGCAGACUGCCGUCGAUACCACCUCGCUGGAAAAUAUCGAAGCCUUGCUUGAGGCUGCUAGAUACGAUGACAUUGAUGAUCUCACAAGCUUAGCUUCGACUGGUAUUUCUCUCAAUUUAAAGGAUACACUAGGUCGAACAGCACUACAUAUGGCUUGUGCUAAUGGAUAUCUUGACAUUGUGGAAUACCUAAUCAGUAAAAGAGUGGAUCUUAAUCCUACUAAUGCGGAGAAUAAUACACCUUUACACUGGGCUUGCCUUAAUGGGCAUGUUGAGGUGGUUAAGAAAUUAAUCUUGGCAGGAGCUAGCGUAAGUGCACUUAAUAGCUAUGAGAGAACUCCAAUGGAUGAAGCAGUGAGUAGGGGUAAGAUGGAUGUUAUAGAUGCCAUUAAUGCUGCGGUUGCACAACUAGAGCUUGCAGGCAUCUGUGUAUCCUAACAUGUAUAGAUGUACUAUCCUAUGUGCUGCCUUCAGUCACAAGUUUUGUUCUUUUAGACUACUUGCCUAUUGGUAAUCAACAUAACUAAUGAGAACUCGUAAUAUGAUUAGUACUAUUAUUUCUUUAAAAUUUGAAGACUUGCGAGUAGUAUUUCACAAAACUAACUUUUUUUUGUCAGACCUCUUACUAUGUAAAUUGAAAUUUUUGAAGAUUACAAUUUAAGCCAAAGAGCAUGCAAA